GGACAUUUAAAUGGCUACACUGUGCAGAACUGUACAGUCUACUGUAGGGCAUUGAAAUAACUUGAUUCGGAUUUAAUUCGCACCUUAGUCAUAUAAAUGCUAUAUUUUACGUACCUUUGCUUUUCCUACAUAGUCUGAAACGAUAAGACUACUGGAAACUCUCGUUUGAUCACACGUAAAAAAAAAUGAGCGAGGAGGAAGACAUUCUGCAGAAAACAAGGUUAGGGUUUGAGGAUCUCUGCCGAGUCCUGAAUAUGGACGAGGAGGCGAGCAACGGAGCAUGGAGGAGUUAUGAAAACAUCAGCAAAAAUUACACUUUGGAGGGUAGUGAAUUACACUGGCUGGCAUGUGCCCUGUAUGUGGCCUGCAGGACAUCAGUGCCUACUGUAGGUAAAGGCACUGCUGAAGGGAAUUAUGUGUCCCUGACACGGAUCCUGCGCUCUUCAGAACAGAGUUUGAUAGAGUUUUUCAGCAAAAUGAAGAAGUGGCAGGAUAUGGCCAAUUUGCCAAAGGAAUUCCGGCAAAGCACAGAAAAGCUUGAGAGGAACUUUACUGUGACAUCUGUCAUUUUUAAGAAAUAUGUCCCUAUUUUCAAAGACAUUUUUAAAACCCCCUCUGAAGAACCGCCUAGAGCACACAGAAGCAGGAAGCAGAGGCGUCAUCCUUGCACUGUGGCAGAGGUGUUCCACUUCUGCUGGGUCCUGUUUGUGCAUGCAAAAGGGAACUUUCCUAUGAUCAGCGAUGACCUUGUGAAUUCUUAUCACCUUCUGCUGUGUGCACUUGACCUGGUCUACUGCAACUCCCUCUUGUGCUCUAACCGCAAAGAUUUGCUCAACCCCUCCUUCAAAGGUCUUCCAGAAGAUUUUAGCAGUAAGGACUAUAAGCCUGGUGUGGGUCCUUUCUGUUUCAUUGAGCAGCUGUGUGAACUGCAUGAUGGUCUGGUACUGGAGGCCAAAGGAGUGAAGGAGCACUUCUGGAAGCCUUUCAUAAAGAGACUGUUUGAACGCAAGAUUUUAAAAGGAAAAGAAGAGACACUCACAGGAUUCUUGGAUCCUGUUAACUUUGGAGACAGUCUUGCAUCUCUGAACCGAGUAUAUGAGGAGCACAUUCUUUCAUCAGGUGCUUUGGAUGAGAGAAUAUUCCUGGGAGAAGGGGCAAAGGAGGACAUUGGCACCCCAGCACCCUGUCUGUGUGAAGGAGUAGAGAACCAGGGCCUCCCUGCUGCCAUUCUCCACAGCUCUCUCACUGCGACUGCUCUCAAAGUGUCCACUCCACUGACGGGCAGGACCUACGUGCAGGAGAGCAAUUUCGGCACACCGGUUUCCAUGGCAGUGCAGGGUGUGGGGCGCCUGCAUAGUCUGUUAACAGGGCUCAAACACAGACCGAGUCUGAGACUGCAAGAGAUAUUUAAGGCCUGUGCGAGAGACCCCACUGAAGCCAUGGCAGCCAGACUGAGAGAGAUGUCCGACACUUUCCUCCAGAACUACGAGGCAAAAGGGGAAGAGAACCGAAGUUUGGCAAGAGAUAUUGCUGCGAAAUACUUUUGUCUCGCUGAAGCACUGUACAACAAGACCCUGGAGGGUAUCAUUGACCAGGAGAAGAGGAGACUUGGUGAUAGUGACCUCUCUUGUAUUCUAGAACAAGACAUGUUCCACCGUUCGCUGAUCGCCUGCUGUUUGGAGAUUGUGAUCUUCUCCUACCGCCCACCCGGCGAGUUCCAGCGGGUUCUGCAGAUCUUUGGCAUACCCCCUUACCACUUCUAUAAGGUAAUUGAGGUACUGGUGCGGGCAGAGGAUGGUCUGUUUAGGGAGGUGGUGAAGCAUCUGAACCAUGUGGAGGAGCAGGUGUUGGAGAGCCUGGCAUGGAAAGAGGGCUCCCCGCUGUGGGACAGCAUCAGGGAGGCCAAGAACAAUGUGCCUUCCUGCCAGGAGGUAAUGCCCCCUCAGUAUCUAGAGAAUGGGUCUGGCAACAACCCACACAGCCCCCAAAAUAAUGAGCUCAGUGCUAACACUGCUGCAGCAGCCACAGGAGUGUCUCCCUCUUCCACCACUCUGCACGAGCGCUACAGUUCCCCUCCCACAGGCACAGUGCGCAGACGUCUGUUUGUGGACUCGGAGACAACCUCUGACUCAGCUGCAUCUGUCAGAGUCACCCAGCCUUCCCUUGUCAGCACUAUACCUGCAGGCCAGACUGUGGUGACUAUGGCAACAGCUACUGUUACUGCUAACAAUGGUCAAACAGUCACCAUACCUGUGCAAGGGAUUGCCAAUGAGAAUGGGGGCAUUACAUUCAUCCCGGUGCAGGUGAGUGUGACCGGUCAGAGUGGGGCAGGACUACAGCCUCUCACUGCCCAAGCUUUGACUGGCACACUGAACACCCAACACUUAACAGUCACCACUCCCACCAGCACCACCCACAACAGCCCUGCAGCAUGCAAACAAGGAAAGAAGAGCCCUCAACAGGGAACAUCUCCAAGCAGAGUGCAAAGAACAGGCUCCCUUUCGCUGUUCUUCCGCAAGGUGUACCACCUGGCCAGUGUGCGUCUCCGAGACCUGUGUGUGAAGCUGGACAUCAGCACGGAGUUGCGCAGGCAGAUCUGGACCUGUUUUGAGUACUCACUGGUGCACUGCACCCAGCUCAUGAUGGACCGACACCUCGAUCAGGUGCUCAUGUGUGCCAUCUACGUCAUGACUAAGGUGACCAAAGAGGACAAAUCCUUCCAGAAUAUUAUGAAGUGCUACAGAUCUCAGCCACAGGCCAGCAGUAGUGUAUACAGGAGUGUCCUUAUAUCAGGAAGAAAAAGACAUCUCUCAGGCAAUAGUGAAAACAACAGUAAACAACAGACAUCACCAUCUGAGGGAGCACAUGAACAGGCUGCAGGCAGUGGGGGCAGCAGUCCUAUGUCGAUGCGAUCCAGUAGCACUCUGCCCAUGCCCCAGCCCAGUAGUGCCCCGUCCACCCCCACGCGCGCCCCGGGGGCUAUCCUGGAGCAAGAGGAGGAGGAGCGCGGUGACCUGAUCCGCUUUUACAACCACGUCUACAUCAAACAGAUCAAACACUUUGCCCUGCGCUAUUCUUCCAGCUCGCCUAAAGCAGGGACUGAGACUCCGCCUCUAUGUCCAUAUCCUUCACUCCGGAUUGGCUCACCUCGCAGAGUUCUGCUUUCUCACAACCACUCCAUCUACAUCUCUCCCCACAAAAGUGGUAGCCCUGUCACUCCCAGAGACAAGAUCUUCUACUACAUCAGCUCCAGCCCCUCAAAUCGGUUGCGAGAGAUUAACAGUAUGAUCCGCACUGGGGAGACUCCCACAAAGAAGCGUACUAUGGCCCUGGAAGAGGAGCAGCAGUCCCCCGCUAAGAGGCUUUGUCAGGAUAACCAGACCGCCCUUCUGCGACGUCUGCAGGACGUGGCCAAUGACCGCAGCUCCUCCCAUUGAUGCAAACUGUCCAACAACAUCUUGGCUCAACUCAUGGAUAUUAACCAUCCUCCACAUACUGCACCACACUCAUUCAGAGGUUCAGACCACACAGAGAACUGCCAUAACCAUACAAAAAAAAAAGAGAGGAGGAGAUACUCAAGUAGCACAGGCUCCACCCACAUAUACACACCCCCUAGCUAAUAGCUCCUCUUAUAUUUAUAGAUUGCAGAUAAGAUUCUUGCUUGAAAUGCAGUCAGGUUGACCCCAUUUGAAUGCACCAAUAUCAGCUCUUUUUGAAUAUAAUGUCAAAUUAUAUUCCCUAUAAAUAUAAAUACCUAUGGACCUAUAGUCAGCAAGUUUGUCUAUUAUAAUGAUUUGAUCAAAAGCUAUUGUUCUUGAUAACCUUUAAAGAAAAUGAAAUACAUAACAAAGUGUUUGUCAGCAAAUCUUGAGCAGCAUUUGACAUUGUACUUUUUAAAGAAGUAUUUUCAUAAAGGUUUUUUUUUUAUAUUGUAUAGUGGCAGGGUUCAUGUUUUCUUAUGAAUCAUUAAGAAGUGAUUGUGAAUCCUUUUAUAUGCUGUAAUGUGUUUAUCUUUGUAUGUGUAAGUGCGAUUUAUAUAGCUAAUAUAUUUAUGCUAUUUUUCUAACAAUAGUUAGAGAGAUACCAAUUAGACACAACCAGCACCUAACAACUAUCAUGUUAAUAGUAUAAGCCGUAUUCCACUUUAAAGCAAUAUUUAUUAUCUCUGUGUUCUGCAUGUGUGCUGUAGCUGUGUGAGACAAAUCAUUUCUUGUCACUUUUGUUCCCAACAAGCUACCCUGCUCUUUUACAGGGAUAAAGGAUAUUGUCAUUACCUUUGGAAUGUGAUGUCCUAACAAACCAUGUGCAUCAUGUAAAACACCCUUUUUUAUUGUAAGUGCCUUUUCUUCAUUUACCUAAGCUUUGUAUGUAAGGAUAACAUAGAGUUUACUUGAAUUUCCCUACAUGGUAUUAAAUACAUUUUUAAAAAGG